AUGGGUACCCGUGGUCUUCUAGGGCUUAUCAUUCAAGCGCAGCGUCACGCUGCCUACAACCAUUUUGACUCCUAUCCCACUGGUCUUGGUCAGGAGAUCGUCAACUUUAUCAAUGGUCUAAAGCCUGAAGACUAUGCUACUAUGGAAGAAAAUCUGCGUCAAAUCACCUGGCUUCCUACAAACGCAGACCCUCCCAGCCCUGAGCUCCAAGAGAAGUACUCCAAACUCGGAUACUCCAAUCCUGCAGUCGGUGAGAGGACUCUCGGGGACUGGUAUUGUCUUUUACAUAAGACUCAAGGAGCCGGAGCACUGCCUGAAAUCUUGAAGGGCAAUCUGAAACAUCAGACUGAAAACAUUCAAUUCCUCGAUGACUGUCUCUUCUGUGAAUGGGCCUACUUUAUCGAUUUCGGUAAUAGGACGCUCGAGGUUUGGAGGGCUGGGCAGAAAAUCGAUGAGAUCACAUUUGGGAAAUUGGCCCAGCAGGAUGUGGCAUACAUGCAGAGACUGGAGGAUAUGGAAGAGAGUGAAGAGGAAAUCAAUCAAUCAAAUGGAGCAUAA